UGGCGGACAAAAACGUUUUGGAUGUUUCCGAAGCAAAAAGAAGUGUUCAAGAUCAAAUGCUUCCUCCUCCGCCUCCUUUAAGCGCAAGGAACAAARGCAAAAAGAAUGAUGCUUCAAAGAGUAUAGAUAAAUCUGCAGUUUCUUCUAAAGUGGAUUCAGAAAUAUCCCAUGUUAAAGCUCUUUCAGAGUCAGAAAUUGCACCUUCAAAUCUUGAAGAAGGACAGACAAAAUCAGCAAAAUCAAGUGAAGAGAAGGAACGUGUUACUUCUUCAUUACCCAGGGAUAAACAAGAAGAAAAAAAACAAAACGAUGAAACUUCCAAAAAUGAGAAUAUGCUUCCCCCAAAGCUUCCUUCAACAGCAGACAUAAAGAUUGAGAAAACUGAAAAAAAUAAAAAAGACGUUGACAAAACAGAUUACCCUGAUGUACCAUACACCGAGCCAUCAUGGGCUGGAAUACCUCAGGAACCCUAUUACCUUGAACUACUGAAAGGUGGCUGCAUAAUUUCAACAAAAAGAAUAACUAGUAAAUCGUACUACUUAUUUGGUCGUUUACCUAACUGCGAUAUGGUGAUGGAACACCCAUCAAUAUCACGCUACCAUGCAAUAAUCCAGUAUAAAGCCAAWGACAGUGCGAGUGGGAAAAAGGGUUUUUAUAUGUAUGAUUUAGGAAGUACACAUGGCACAAAAGUMAACAAAAUAGCUAUYCAUCCAAAGAGAUACUACCGUCUGCAAGUUGGUUAUGUUAUUAAGUUUGGUGGUAGUUCGAGGCUUUAUAUUUUACAGGGUCCAGAGGAUAUUGAAGAUGAUGAUUUACCAAAAGAUGAAUCUAAACCAAGCAAUGAAGUUGGUAAAGUUAUGACUGAAGCAGAGUAUGAAGAAUGGAAGAAAGAAAAAGAAGCAAAACCUCAAGAAGAAAGUGAAUCCUGUAGCUGGGGAUUUGGUGAGGAUGCUCAAGAGGAAGAUGCCAUUAAUCCCUUUGCACCUGAAAUUGAAGAGGAAAUGGAGGCACAUGUCUUUAAAGAUCCAAARAAAACCCUUCGUGGCUACUUUGAAAGAGAAGGUUUAGAACUUGAGUAUCAAGUUGAAGAAACUGGACCAGGACAYGCUAGAGUCUACCACUGCAGGGUUAAACUCCCUGUUGAAGAUUCAAAUGGUGAUCCAUUAUAUGCAGAGGCAGCUGUAACUGGGAAGAAGAGGGAAGCUGUACUGGCAUGUGCAGCAGAAGCCUGUAGAUUACUAGACGUGAAUGGACUCCUUAGGCAGUCUUCACAUGAAAGUAAAAAACAGAAGCUAAAGAACUGGGCAGACAAUGACUAYUAUGACAGUGAUGAAGACACAUUUCUUGACAGGACUGGAUCAAUUGAGAAGAAGAGACUUAAGAGGAUGAAAAUGGACAAAAAAGAAAAAGAAGAAGUUGAAACAUUUGAAAGCUUGAGUUCCAAGUUGCAGUCUGUAGAGGAUGAAAUAAAAUCCAUUGAACAAAAGCUAGAAGAAGCUGUAAGAGCCGCAAAAGCUGCAGAAGAGAACGAAGAUAGUCUUGAAUCCUACAUGAAAAACAUAGAUCAGUCGAUGGAUAGAACCUCAAGGAUGAAGAUGAGAAGAAAAAUAUUUGAACUAAAAAAGGAGAAACAAAAACUGUCCAAGCUAGUUGAAAUUUCAAGACCUGCAUUACUUCCAACCCUCAAAAAUCAGAGAUCUCUGAACUCAACAAAAGAUGUCGUCAAAACAGAAGCAGACAGCUCAUCUACUGUUGGAGACAUUUUGUUGACUGUUGACCUUAACACUGACACUCGACAUGAUAAACCCAAACCUGAAUCAUCUGAGCCAGUCAUGUCAUCAUCUCAGGAAAAAGAGCCCACAAAUAUAAUAMACAGCACUGAAGAAAUUUCAGAUAAAAUUGAAAAUAAAGAAGCAUUUGCCAAACCAAAGAUGCCACCUCCACCWCAACUACCCAAACACAAGACAGCUCCAUCAAGUAGCAUAAGUAUGCUGUUAGAAGGGUUAAAAGAUAGCAGUGAUAAAGAAAAACGCACCAAACCACCUAAAAGACCAAGGAAACAGCAGCCAGAUAGCAAGGAGGAAAAAGUUGAUAAAAAGAAAGCAAGGUUUCCAAGCCCACCUUCUCCAACAAAAGCAAUUUGGAAUGAUAGUUCAUCUGAGGAAGAAGAUAACAGYGACGCAAAGUUUGAUGAAAAUUAUUCAGAUUGGGUUCCUCCCACUGGUAAGGAUUAUGCAUUGAUUGGUCAGUACGUGAUUGACAGUUUCUGGAAGGAUUUUGAGUGCGCAGCCAGGCCUCGUUCUUCCUUUGGUGGCCUUGCCUUCUCAAAAUGGGCGGCCAGGUAUCUCGUACCGACUUUGAAUGGUCUUAUACCGAAGAGCCUCAUGCCAGUAGACGAAAAGAAAUACUCGCUAGCUGAGUCAAAGAUUGUACUCUAUUUGCAAGCGGGUGCAAAGGACACAAAAUACCCAGAGAUCAAGAAGCUGAUGGGAUUCGACCCUAACUUCAARUACCAAGUUCUUUUUCUUGUGGUGCUACAGUUCUGUAUAGCAUACAUUGUCAAGGACUUCUCAUGGCCAUUGUUGUUUGUUGUUGCGUAURUCAUUGGUGGUGUGAUAAACCAUGCCCUUCUUYUAGCAAUCCAUGAGAUUUCUCAUAACCUUGCAUUUGGUCAUGCCAAGCCUCUGCACAACAGAUUGUUUGGCUUUUUUGCAAACUUACCUAUUGGCGUCCCUUGUUCUAUCUCCUUUAAGAAAUGGCAUCUUGAACAUCACCGCUAUCAAGGAGACGAGGAACUUGAUGUUGAUUUGCCAACAGAAUUUGAAGCAAGGAUGUUCUUCAACUCUGUCACAAAGCUUCUAUGGGUGAUCUUUCAGCCAUUUUUCUAUUCAUUCCGCCCAAUGUUUGUCAACCCAAAGAAACCAUCAGCUUUAGAAAUCAUAAACUUAACACUACAGUUCUCUGUUGAUGCAUUUCUUCUAUAUUACUUUGGAGGCAAGUUCCURGUUUACCUGGUUGCUUCAUCUCUUCUUGGUAUGGGACUUCACCCUGUAGCUGGGCACUUUAUAGCUGAACAUUAUAUGUUUGUAGAAGGGCAAGAAACCUUCUCCUACUAUGGGCCUCUGAACUGGGUAACCUUUAAUGUUGGCUACCAUAAUGAGCACCAUGAUUUCCCAAGUGUCCCUGGCUCAAGACUUCCCCUYGUUAAGAAGAUCGCUUCAGAGUACUAUGACACCUUGCCACACCAUAAUUCCUGGACCAAGGUUAUUUAUGAGUUCAUUACUGAUCCUCGUAUUGGUCCAUUUGCUAGAGUAAAGCACGCUUUAGCUGAACUUCGCAGGCACUUCAGGACAGUUUCGUUUACUCCUGCAACAGAAUUUAUCAAUAUAGAUUUGAAAAAUGAACCGGAGAAGGACGGCGUGCGUCAAGAGGACAAARGCGUCCGCGAGUCGCAAAUGCUCCUUGCUGGAAUCUUAGUAGAGGAGGCUUUUAAAGGUGGUAAUGGAUAUUUUCAGACUUCACCCCGUGAACUUAGACUUUACAAGAUAUAUAGCAAGCCUUACCUUACCUAUGUAAUGUAUUUGUUUGUUUGGCUCUUACUGUCACUGGCGUUAUUUGAAGAACCAGCUGUGCCUCCACUUAAAUUACCAUAUUGGUUGACAUUCAUAUUGGAGUAUAUUUGUCUAUUUGCGUUUUCUCUUCGUCUGUUCCAUGUGUGGUCGUUUGCUGCGGGARUCAAGUUUUGGAAAGACAAGAAGAACAUGAUAAUGUUAAUAAUGAUUGUACUGACAUUUAUCGACAUGAUAAUGUACGUUAUAUUUAAAGAAGCCGGUCUUCAUACACAUGCUACUCGUUGGACAAGAGUGUUAAGACCAUUGUWCUUAGUCAACAUUAGUGAAGGACGCCAGAUCCGUCGAGCUGUGCGCAAUAUACGUCGUACCCUUCCAGAGAUUGCUAAUGUUCUUGUACUAUUACUACUGCUGAUUGCACUGUUUUCACUUCUUGGUGUCAAGCUCUUUGGUAAAAGGGGGCUUAAAGAUAUCCAUGGCCAACCAUAUUUUGCUAAAUAUGUAGAUGUUUACUUUUCAUUGUAUGUCUUAACUACGACGGCAAACAACCCUGAUAACGAGGUACGUAAAGCCGUGUAUCGAAAACGUCGCCAUUUAAAACAAGCUUUUGAYGUCYUAAAAGUCAAACAUARYGACAAGUGGCAGAUCAACGAGAAUACUUUUAUGGAUUUAAUGAAGGAGAUUCGUCCCAAAUGGAGCAUGGCAAAACUUGCUUUGUUCUGGCAGAUACUUGAUGACAGUGGACAAGGGAUGAUAGGGCGCGAAAAUUUCCUGAUGCUUGCAGACCUGCUAAAUGUAGAGGUUUUGGAAGUUUCAGAUCAAGUGCAUUUACUUGAAAGAGUCAUGCCUAAGAUUUACUUAUCAUGGUUUAGCAACAAAGUUAAACAAAUCGUCUGUCACAGGUUUUUUGUGUACUUUUUCGACAUAGUUAUUUUUGCCAAUGCCAUCUUCAUUGCUCUUGACACCAAUGAUCUCGAGGUUGCGUUCUUGGCUCUCUUCAACCUGGAAAUCUUGCUUAAAUUUUACACUUUUGGAGUGCGGGAGUUUUUUCGUAGUUUCUGGAACUGUAUUGUUGAAUCAUCUUACUCUUCACUUCAAACAAGUCAAAGUGCACUUGAUAUGCUUAUGGUACUUCGAGUUCUYAGACUUGUGAAAAUUAUUGGGAAUGUCAAAAGGUUUCAAGUCAUCAUUGGUACUUUAAUGCAGAUUGGUCCUGCUAUUUCUAUCUACGGCACUGUUAUGCUUAUUCUCUAUUACAUGUACGCAAUCGUUGGCAUGGAGCUGUUUUCUGGUUCAAUCAAGUGGCAGGGCUAUCCGUCCAAAGGAGGAAACUUCUCGAAACUAUGGAACGUGACGGCGAUGUUUUGUGGGAMUGUUAAACUGAAAGAUUCCGAUUUUUAUACAGAUCGAUACUGUAAUAAUAAUUUCAACGAUAUUCUAAAAUCUUUUAAGAUUUUAUUUGAUUUGACUGUAGUUAAUCAGUGGCAUGUCAUUACGCGUGGAUUCGUGCUAAUAACAAACCAAUAUGCCAGGAUAUAUUUCAUGUCGUUUCAUUUAAUUUGUGUCAUAGUAGUUCUMAAUAUUUUUGUAGCUUUUAUUCUGGAAGCGUUUAUGCUUGAAUACUCGUUUACUCACGGCAAGUUUGAAGCAGUGUUCGAAAAGAAAAUAGAAGAAAAAGGAGUUGGYGUCGGAGAUGCUCCUAUAAAGGUUCGCGCCGAAUCCAUAACUAGUCCGCUGGACAAAGACUUCUUUUCUGAUGACCAGUCUCAAGACUCCGAAMCUGAUCGGAGCGCAACGCUCAAGUCAAACAUAUCAGUGGAACAAUGUGCGCUUGAUUCAGGCUUGAGAUUCUGUUUACCCAAACAACAAAAGAAAAACGCGGAGACUUUGCUUCAACAGAUGUUUGAAUCUGAAUUGGAGGAAGAUGAUUUAGGACCGAAAGGAAUCGAAGACCUCGAUGAUCUUGAUGACUUGGCUGAGGARCAGGAUUUACGGAGAGAAAAGCGAUUAAACUUUGGCACCGUUGACUGAAUGGUACUCUUGCCAUAUCGCAUUUGAGCGCACCUUUCUCUUGCACGACUAUUGCUUGGAAACGAAAGAGCCUGAGAAGUGCUGACUUUUCAACGCUACUGUACUCUUACCAGUAGGCAGCUUUUCUUAUUCAUGUCACCCAAAUUAAUAAGCAAUUCGAGUUUUUUCACGAAAAUAAUAUUCUUGCUGAUAGUAAAAACCUUGCAUACUGUGGCUGGCUAUUUGGUUCAUUGGUAAGAAAUAACUAAACUUUUUCAUGUAUAGGUGAUUGACUUUUAUAUGAACCUUGAUUUAAUUGAUUGAUAUAUUAUUUAUAUGUAUAGUUUAAAACACGAGAGAGAGUGUUUUAUCAGGUAUAAAGAUUUUUAUUAAAGCUAGCCAAACAAAUUAUACAAUUUAAGAUGAUAUAUAUCAUUAUUAUCAAAUAAUAAAUGAAUUAUUUUUGAAAACCCAAAGCCCACAUGCAAUAAAAUGCUUGUAAGAAUAUAGAUCAUUAUGAGUAAAGUCUUCAAUACUGGCAACGCCUUUUAUCAUCGGCACUGAGAAACUGAACUGGAAUAAUCUACAAUGUUAAGAGCAAUAAGUGAUAGUCAAUAAAUGAAGACAGACGUCAAUGAUGACCGAAAUAUUAAAAAUUAAUCGAGAAAAAGGAAAUCAAUGAGCAAUAAAAAACACAUAUCGUAAACAUGCCUUUCAUUGAUUAUAUUGAUUUUUUGUGCAAUCAUGUACGCACUAAUAAAUAUACCUAUAAAUUAAAAAC